UUUGCUAAAGGUCCUUCGUGUGUCACAAGCGUUCCGCUAUUUACAUGCGCCGUUUGAUGCAGGUGGUCGAUCCACUGCAUAAGGCUGGAGCUUUCUGUGCAAGCAUGCGAAAUCGGCGGUUUUAUUAGAGCACGUAUCCUUUCGCACGAGGUACAAUUAAGCUCGCCUCCCAUGGAGAGCAAAGCUAGCGGAAGGCGGUGAAAGUUUACGCUAAGUUGUGAACAACACGUGGCUGAAGCGAAGAGUUACAUGCUGAUCUCAUAUUGUGGCACUAACACGCACCACUCGUACGGGACGAACAGGGAUCCAUUAGGCCACGCCGAGCACUAAAGAAGUCUCUGAUUAUUUUUCAGGUGCUUCACUGUUCGCAUAGAAUCCACGUGGCUUUGUUUGGCACCACCGCAGCAGCAACGUCGGAAUUUCUCGCGAAAACGGCUAAUUUAUUUCCUGGCCGGCACGGUUGCGUGUAGAUUCCGCUGCUCUAAACGAUGCAGGAGAUGAAGUGCAUGUGGCCGGGUAUCACGCGCAUAGAUCCCCGACACACCUCAUUCAACAUCUAUAGUGUAGCUAUAUCGCGCAAGUCGUGCAUAAAAUCUACGCCCAGCGUCUUUCUGUGCAUCAAAAGAGCGGUCUAUUCAAUGCCAUUCCAGAGUGCGCAUGAUUGAACUCAUCUUGAGCGCACGUAGUACCCGAUCGAUCGCCUAGCCCAUAGCUAUGCCUAGCCACACGUGCGCUGGCUGCAUAUUUGGCACACUCCAUUAACUACACAAAUACUCGCACAAGACGUUGACCCGUAGAUGAGAAUGCACAUAAGAUACAAUCCCGACAAGCAAACUCUCGUAUGAAAAAAAAAAAGAAAGAUGCAUACUCACGCACACGUUGACUUCGGUCUCUUCGGUUUGGCAAGCAAGGCUGUCGUCGAUGGCGAUGGCGCAAAUUCCGGGGCGAUAGGAGAGAGGAUUUGGAGGAACCGACGCUCUUUUAUAGUCCCGAAAUUCCUUAAGCAUCACUGUGCGCCACCUCUCAAAUCACCAGUGCAAAAGUACAUUGUUAUUUCAUGAAUUACGGCACAUGAUACGCAAUAAAAACAAGCGUACCGGGAAGCGCGUUCAAGUUGCGCGGGUCGCACCAGAAUCACUGAAUGACAAAAACGAAAAAAUAAAUUGUAUAUUAAUGUUUGUAUUAAUCCGAUCCGCAAUCCAGCUUUCUAUGGCUGUAGAGUGUACUAGUGGCAGGUGGUGCAGGUGAAUCGAACGCACUUUUGACACGUUCGAUUCACCUGCAUUAACAGUUCACUAGUUUCAGCGGUGCAGCAAUGGCGCCUUCUGAACACCCUAUGUGAAACACACCGUUCGUUUCAAAAUGUACAGGAAAGCUGCAGGGCUGGUUCGCGAUUUUGCUGCACCCUUUCUACUGUCAAUGCCGACUUGGUGCAGUCGUGAAGUUACAGUGUCCUUGAAUGUACCUUAUAUACUAAUACACUGCGGUACAGGUGCGAAGCAGCAGUGCAGCAGACGACACAGCACACAUGAGCAAGCGCCGUUAAAACCCAGCUUACGGGUAUCUGCCGGGUAUCUGCAAGUGCGGGUAUAUUAACGUCUCUGAAGUCGAUUACACCGGCAGUUCAAGACCUAUUUAACGCACACCGUGCACAUUAGUCGGACAAAACACAACGCCUGCACCGGGUCUGCACCUUGGCAUUCGAGCGGGCCUUUAAAAAAAAUCCGUUCGAUUCGAUUCGGCUCAUGCUUUCGCUGGUCGGCUGCCCCUUGCUGUGACUGACUGUCCCACUGCUCUGCUGCUGUCCACGCUUUCGCCUCGCCGUCGUCUUGCGUUUUUCGGAACGGGCUACAGCGUUGCGGUUUCGGCAUCUGACUCAUCCCUCUCGCUCAUCAUGCCGUCCAAGUGGAGGAAAUGUCGAGCCGUAAGAAAGGAAUACAACAAGAUAAUGAAUGAGCUAGGACUCGCGCCGCGUAAUGCUGGGCCUUCCUCGUCCAACAACGAAGGUGCAAGCUUCACCUCUGCAGACAGUUCUCGCGUAGAGCGACUUUCGCCUCUGAAGCCGGGAACCAGCAGACAAUCGCGAAGUUCACUUUCCACGGAUGACGGUGGUGAGCCUCCGUUCAAACGGUUGAACGAGCGGUCGAGUAGCGAAGCCUUUGUCGACGACGUCUGCAGACAAGAAGCUCCUUGUGUCGACGAAUUCCAAUCGGAGAGUGCGGGUACGUCCUCAUGUGAGCAAAGCGACUCUGAUAGCAGCUCAAGUGACAAAGGAGGUCCCCAAGGAAGCGAAUCGAGUGAUGAGUCAGAUGACUUUGUUGCUUCAGACAGCUGCACUGGGCCAGAUGAGGGAAUAGCCUUCACUUGUAGUCCAACGCUCACUCAUGUACUUUCUGAACAACUGUCGGCAAGUGAAGAGUUUGCUGUAAUUGCUUCCAAACAUAAUAUGACGCAUGCGUGCAUUAACGAUGUCCUCGAUUUCUGCCGGCGAAGAGGCAUCUCCGACCUUCCAAAAGAUGCUAGGACAGUUUUGAAAACUGAGCGCAAAGCACAGGUGGAGCAAAAUGGGUCAUUCGUGCACUUUGGUCUUGCAGAAGGAAUUCGUCAAGUGUUGCAGCCGGGGCAAGUAGUUCCAAGUGAACUGAAGCUACAGGGCAACAUUGACGGAGUCCCUCUUUACAAAAGUAGCCAGCUCGCCUUUUGGCCCAUUUUGUGCCGCAUAACAAAUGUGGAGGCAUCACCGCCAUUUGUUGUCAGUGUGUACUGUGGUGCAGGGAAGCCGCCAUGUCUGCAGGAUUAUCUAGAGCCAUUUUUGCAAGAGGUCUCCGACCUAAUCUCUGAGGGGAUAAGCAUAGGAGAUGUUCAUGUUCGGGUGAGCAUUGGAGCCAUGGUUUGCGAUGCUCCUGCAAGGAGCUAUGUCAAAUGUAUUGUUGGCCACACUGGCUAUUAUGCGUGCGAGCGAUGCAACCAAAAAGGGCAGCACCUUGAGAACAGGGUGACAUUUCCCAGACUUCAUGCAGCUGCACGGACGAAUGCAUCAUUUCGAUCUCAAGAGAACAAGCACCACCAUUCUGGUGUUUCACCAUUCCUUUCCCUUGACGUCGACAUGAUUGCAUUCUUCCCAUCUGAAUACAUGCAUCUCGUUUGCCUGGGAGUCAUGCGACGACUUUUAAGGAAUUGGGUAUGCCAAGGCCACAGUAACAGACUGAGCAGACUGUAUCGCAAUCAACUGAAUGAAAGCCUGCGAGAGGCAUCCAAGGCCUUUCCAACAUGUUUCCAGCGGAAACCAAGGGGUACAGAAGAGCUUGAUCGGUGGAAGGCAACAGAGUUUCGGACAUUCCUCCUUUAUGUGGGGCCUGUUGUCCUAAAGCCUCUUCUGCCUGCUUCUCAGUACAAGCAUUUUGUAAUGUUUCAUGUGGCGGUCAGAAUUUUAGCAUCGCCUCAGCACUACCGUGAGUACAAUGUUUUUGCCAAAGAUUUGCUAAGGUAUUUUGUUCAGGAGCUUAGUGAGCUAUACGGGAAAAAACAGCUCGUGUACAAUGUACACUCACUAAUUCAUCUUGCUGACCAGUGCCUAGACCAUGGCCCUUUAGAUGAGUUUAGUGCAUUCCCUUUCGAAAGCUACCUUGGACGAAUUAAAAAGUUGCUGCGAUCUUCCAACAAGCCACUUUCGCAGCUAAGUAGGAGAAUUUCUGAACUGAGGCACUCAUCCAGGAACCAAGUCAAGCAGAAACUGCAACAUGUGAAGCCUGGAGACUGCUUCCUGAUUGACAGUACUCCUGUGGUGGUUCUGGAGAUAAUGGCAGACCACUUCAAGGGUGGGAUUUUGCCAAAUGCCAGGGACUUUUUCAAACUUCCACUGAAGUCGUCUCAGUUGAAUAUCUGGCGCUGCAAUACGUUGAGUAACGAGAGAAAGGUCUGGCAUCUUGAUGACCUUCGGAACACAGCUCGGUGCCUGAGGCUAAACUACAAGCAAGGACAUGUUGUUAUUCCUCUUUUGCACUUUCACUGAAGCUGUCAGUGGCCGUUGGGCUUGUAGUGACCCAAACUGCCUUAGUCAGCCGUCCAACUGCCACAUAGCAUGCCGUUCAAACACUUACGGCAAGCAUGCUGAUAGCUGUACAACCAGGACACAUUGCAUGUCAAUUCUCCAAGGUGCUACACCAGCUGUCAUUCACGCUUCUGCUGUGUUUUCACCGCAUCAGGCUCACACUGCCAUGCCUCUUCAGAAGUCACUGCUCACACUGGGGCGCAUCACAACCUCCAUGACUUAGUUACCGAGUGGCGCAGCAGAGCGUCUGAGCCAUCCAGUUCCCCUGCAUCACGGAUACCACCUGAGCCUGCACCUAGCUUUCUGAAACUUCAGUUGUGCCUUUGAUAUCUCCACUUUCUACGUGUUGAAGUGCACUUCAUCUGGAACAAGUUGCAGCACGGAAGACUAAACGGCCCUCUUCAGGGCCACCCAAACUAUAUGACUGGCAGGGACGUGGUAACUCCCAUCUCUGCCUUCGUACACCCUCUAGAAAAUUAGCAUGUGGUUACGUUUGUGUGUGUUUGAAUAAAAUAUCAUUGAAUAUCUUGGUAAGUGCUUCUGAAAGAAAAAUUAUACAGAACAGUUCUUUUCGAGAAUACACAGAAGGAAAGAGCAAGAGAGUAAACAAACCAUCUAUUUAGUAAUCACAAAUAAUGCCACUAUGGAUGAAGGGAAACAAAAACAAAACAAAAAAAACUUGGCAACAUGAACAAGAAACCAGAGGGUUCCACAUUUUCUGUGAUCAUGACUAACAGACCAAAAUGACAAAUGUAAAGUCAUUGUUGCACUUCAUUCCACAAGCAGUGAGUGCCUGUUAAGCUAUGCUGUAGACAGGUUCUGCGUUCCAGUGAUAAGUGCCCUGUUUGUGCUAGCUUAAUAUGUUCUCAAAACUGACGGGAAUUAAUUUCUGUAAUUGGCAUGUUUUAAAUAGAGCUGCUUUGUUUUAGAAACGAAACCAGCAUAAAAUUCAGGAGGAUAGAAACAAAAGAAGUGACAGAACAAGAGUUAGACUUGGAGAUUUUAGUUUAUCUUCACAAUUCCCAACAUGGCAUUUUUGGCACACAAGAGUUAGGUAGCUCAAAAGGCUGAUAUAAGUGUGGGAAAGUUCG